UUUAAGAAUGUCAGAAGGUAUCUUACCGGUUACAGGUAAUAAUUCAAAUAAUAAUAAUAGUAAUUCUAGUAACAAUAAUAGUAAUAAUAAUCUACCUCGAGGAUUGAUGAGUAAAUCGGGUUUACCAUUUAAUCCUAAUCAACGAUUACCCUCUUUAAGGUCAAGUUUAUCAAAACCAAGUUUACUUUUCCAAUCAAGUGCCUCAUUCAAUCACAAUCAGAUUGUUAAUUCAUCAUCAUCAUCAUCGCCAACCAAAAGUCCAAUUACAGGUAAACGUAACUACGAAUCAAACAUUGGUUCAAUUGAAUGUAUGGUAAAUACAAGAAGAAAUCAACCAGGAGAGGUUAAAGGUUUUACCAAUGGUGUUAAACAACAAGGUGGUAAAAAUGGUUUGGACUCUUGGAGAGGAGGAUCAACACCUUCAUCUUCAUCAACUGGAAGAUGUAGAAGACAAAAUGUUAAAAAACCUCGUAAAUUAAUCCAAUUGGAAUCAACAGUUUUCACUGGAGCUGCAAGAUCACCUAUUAAGAAAAAUUUAGAUUCUAAUAAGAAAUUGAAGAGUAAACAACCUGCAAUCUCAUCAUUACCUUCACCCGUUGAAGAGCAAUCAGAAGACUCCAUUGAACCAGCUUACAUUGAAGGAAAAUUAUAUCAAGAUGAUUUUAUUAAUCAAUCAGUUGACAAAGAUGAUAAUUGUGACCAUUUACCUCAAGGGUGGGAAAAUUUAUCAAUGCCAAUGGUAAACGAUCCUGUGACAACCUGUAAAAGUGAACACUGGUUAACACCCGAUCCAUUGAGAGAUAAAUUAAUCUUAUUUCAAUUACCAAAGAUGUUGGAAAAUCAGACAAACACAAAAUUGGGUAAAUUGAGAAUCUAUGAAAGCGGAAAAGUUGAAUUAGUAAACAAUCCAAGCGAUUUGAUCUUCGAAGUGACCAAUGUUUGCCAAUCAAAGAAAAUCAACAAAUCAACCACCUCAUCUUCCUCCACCUUCACCUCCUCCUCCUCAUCAUCAUCAUCAUCAUCAUCAACAAUAACACCACCAGCAUCGAUCCCUAAUGAUAUGGACAAUGAUGAAAUUGUUAGAAAUCCCAACCAACUCAAUCAACUGGACCACAUUGAACCACAAUUAAAUCGUGAAGUCGUAAUUUAUUCUGGUAGGAAUCUCAUUUCAAUUGGAAAACUUGAAUCAGAUGCUGCAAUAGUAAUACCAAAGCUAUUUAAUAACAUUUAAAGUCGAAAAUUUCUGAUUCAAUAAUAUUGAUUAAGAAAUUGUAUUUUAUUACCAAACAAUUAAUGAGAUUAUUUGAUUCAGAUUGAGAAGCAAAACAAUUCCCAACAAUCCAAAACUAAAUUGUAUUAAUUUGAAUUCCAUCUCUCUCUCUCCUUGUCUGAUUACAAUCUCUUAAUUAUGUCAACUCCAAGUGAUUAAAUUUACGCACAGAGACUUAAAUUGUAAAUUUAGGAAAUUCAAGAAAAAAUUGACAACCUAAUUGUUUGUCCUUUAUUGUGAAUCUCUGAUUUAACACAAUUUACUAAUUACCAAUUUCAUCAUGUUUGUGUAAAUAUUUUUGUUUCCAUUCAUCAAAAAAAUCAACAACAACAAACUGUAAGUUCAUUAAUCAUUGUAAAAAUGUUGAAUGAAUUUUUUAAACAUUAUCAUCACCGAGAAUUAAAAAAGUCAAUCAAAAUUA